AUGUCGUUCGUUAAACUCUCUGCCGAUGCGCCGUUCGUGGUGCCUUUGUGGCCGAUCUUCGACUACGCUGUGUCCAAGGUUUCCGGCGGCCGCUUUAUUCCUUCGCAGUUUGAGUUUGUUCCUCACCAGACGUUUUUCUCCACGCUUCCUCCGGUGCUCGUGGCUAUUGCCGUGUACUAUACGGUGAUUUUCGGCGGCGACUAUAUAUUCAAGAAGUUCCGCAUCAAGCCGUUUGUGUUGAACGGCUUGUUCCAGAUCCACAACCUCUUCUUGACCACCUUGUCGCUCACGUUGUUGGUGUUGAUGGUGGAGCAGCUUGCUCCUAUGAUCUGGAGACACGGGCUUUUCUAUGCCAUUUGUCAUCCUGACGCUUGGACGCAGGAGUUGGUCACGUUGUACUACUUGAACUACUUGACCAAGUUCUGUGAGUUCAUCGAUACCGUGUUCUUGGUCGUGAAACAGAAGAAGUUGACCUUUUUGCACACCUACCAUCAUGGUGCCACCGCGUUGUUGUGCUACACCCAGUUGGUCGGUUUGACUCCCAUUUCCUGGGUGCCCAUUUCCUUGAAUUUGGGUGUCCAUGUUGUCAUGUACUGGUACUACUUCUUGGCUGCCAGAGGCAUCAGAGUUUGGUGGAAGGAGUGGGUCACUCGUUUCCAGAUCAUUCAGUUCGUGUUGGAUUUGGGCUUUGUUUACUUUGCUACCUACCAGAAGAUCAUCUAUACCCACUUCCCUCAGUUGUUGGGUGUCUUGCCAACUUGUGGUGACUGUGCUGGUACUAUGGUAGCCGCCUACUCCGGCUGCGGUAUCUUGUCUUCGUAUCUCGUUUUGUUUAUUGCAUUCUACAUCGAGGUCUACAGAAGAUCCUCCACCAAAAAAGCCAAGAUCGUCAAGGCUGUCAAGGGUGGUGUCGCUGCCCAGGUGAACGAGUACGUCAACACCACCGGUAAGGAGAAAACCCCAGACUCCAUUCGCAAGAGAAAGUAA